GUUUACUGCAGCGCCAUUGUCAAUGGCUUCUUGAACAGCCAGUCGGGCAGCCAUGGCUUCACCAACGAGAAGACAAGCGAUGUUGGAGAACCCCCGAGGCAGAGAGGAUGUUUCUUCGCCCACUGCCGAGAGAGAACUGAGAAGAAGCAGAUGCUGGAGUUCUUUAAGCAAAGGCAAAGGGCGUUGAAGUAUGCAACAAAGAACAGAGCUGCAGAGAAUGAUAGGAUGAAUUGCAAAUUGGCUUCGAAAAAGAAGAGAGCUUGUUGAUGUCUGUAAGUGAAGAAUCUAACUGGGUUUUCUGGGUAGAGUUUAGGGGUUUCUGGGUUUGUGUUCAGCAUCUCUAUUUUGUUGCUGAACUAGUAAAGGUAAUUGAAAAGAAAAAACUUGUAUGUUUCUAAUUUUCUUCAAUUUGUGAGUCUCUCUGUUUUUUGAUGACUGAAUUGGUGUCAUGGAUUUCAAUUGGUGUAUGGAUUUCAUGAUUUUGGGAUCAGGUUUUUCUUUUCGUCUUGGUUAAAACAUAUGUAAACCCUAAUUAUAUACCAAACAUACCUUUAACCAUGAUUUUAACUAUUUUUUUUUUAACCCAACAUCAGUGUGAAGACAAUAGUUCUAUAUUUGUUUUAUAUUGUGUUUUUGUUUUAUUUCUAAAGUUGGGUGUUCAUUCCGGUGUGUAGUACCUCUGGUGUCUGUUUGUAUCGGGAGAGUUAAGUCUAUUUUGUUUUCGUUUUGUAGUUUUCAUGUGUUUGUGGGUUGUAUUCCACCAUUUUUGAUAGCUUGAGUGCCCUUUGGACUCAUAGUCUCUUACUUGAAAUUUGAAGUAUAUGAAUACAUAAUACAUUUAACUCUUUCACCUUUUCAAAAAAAAAAAUUACACCACAUAUUUAGAACUUGAAUUUUCAAUCUCUACCGAAUCUUGGGAUAUUUACCUAAUCUAAAUUGUUCCUAGUUCAUUUGAAAUGGUUUAGUUAAACAAGAGUUAUUAAAAAAAAUAGUAUUUUCAAAUUUAAAAUAAAAUAUACUUAGCUAGUGAUUUUAAUUUUUAAGCUAUCCUUCCAAAUUUAUGUUUUGUUGUUUGUUUAUUUAUUUCAAUUUUUCUUUUUGAAUAUUAUGUACAUUUAUUUAAAUAAGGUGGAUUACAUAUAUUGAUAUAUACUCCUUUUUUAAAAUUAUGGAUUAGAGUUUAGUGUUUUUUUUUAGAUACCAAGCAAGGGAUAACCCGCAAGACGGAUAAUAGUUUAGUUUGUACUUUGUAAUUAUUUAUAAAUUAUUUUUUGUUUAAAUUAAGUGUUAUAUUCCUAAUUGAUCUUUCCUUACACCCGAACCAUUAGUUAGAAUAAAUGGUAUGUAUCACUUUGAUUAUCAGAGUUCAAAUUCCCCUUCUUGAUUCAAAAAAAGAAAUGGGUCUUUGCCUUAUUGUUUAAAUCCUUCAAUAAUUAUGCAUUAGUUACUAUUUAACGUUAGUGACUCCAAGUCCGAAAAGGAUUUAAUUUCCUUGCGCCCCAAGUUUCUCUCUGCUACUGCUUCUCCUUAAAAGCAUGGAACAGAGUCCUCUCGUUUUCACAAUCAAAGCUUCUUCUUUAUCACAUCAAUGGGUGGUUUUCUCGUAGGCCAGAGAGUUGAAGUAUGCAGCAAAGAAGAAGGAUUUGAAGGUUCAUUCUACGGAGCCAGAGUUUUGAGACAAGUAGGCCCAAAAUCGUACGAAGUUGAGUACAGUAACUUGUUCACCGAAGACGAAUCAAGUCAUCUGAUCGAGACCGUGUCGGGGAGCGAGCUCCGGCCACGGCCUCCAGGGCCCCCGCUGUGGACAAGAUUCUGUGUGGGAGACACAGUUGAUGCGCUCCACAAUGAUGGUUGGUGGGUUGGGAGGUUGACUGCAAGAAGAGGAGUGGAUUACUUUGUUUACUUUGAAACUACUAGUGAAAUGAUUGCUUACCCUGUUUACAGGUUGAGGACUCAUCGUGAUUGGGUUUCUGGAAUGUGGGUCUCUUCAAAGAGGAAGGCGGAGCUUGAAUCGUUGAAUUCCAAGUUGGGUUCAAAAAAGAAGAGAUCUUUCUGAUGUCUGUGAUUGAAGAAUCAAACUGGGUUGAUUUUGUUUGUUGUUAUUUUAGUGUUUAGUGGUUACUGGGUUUGUUCGGAGGAUCUCUGUUUUGUUUUUGAACUCGUACAAGCAAUUGAAACAAAAUUUGUGUUAUUUU